AUGUUGGGCUCUGCAGAAGAACGUUUGGUGCGGAUUCUUCAUCUUGAAAAAAAAAGACUUUCAAUCGAGGUGUACGGCAAAACCAUGGCUUCUGCACCUGCAAAUGUUAUUUAUAUGUCUACUAUUCUGGGCCGUGACGGUCCUAUUCCUGUUCACAAUUGCGAUUGGAAAUGUCAAAAUGAGCAUGUUUGUGGCAACAUGUAUCGAUGCAAACUAACAGGGAUCACACACAUCUGUGACAAGAACUGUAACCAGAGAAUUUUGUAUGAUAACCAUAGUUCCCUUUGCCGGGCGAGCCGCCAGGUCUUUCCCCUCACUCAAGCCGAGGAACAGGCGGUCAGAGGCGUCCGGAGGAAGCUCAAUGCGGACAAUUCCCCGCCCUCCGAUAGCUGCUGUUUUAAGCGCAGACGUGAUGUGCAGUUCCAUCCGUCUCCUUUCGAGAGAUCUUUCUCUGCUGUGAGUCCAAUCUGCAGCCAAGUUGGAGACGGGAUGGAUACAAGCUAGAUUAGAUUAGCGUUUACAUUACAUAUCUAGUAUCCUAUUAUUAACCUUAAAGACUCCUAUAUUUUGUUUCCCUUUAAGUGUUCCAUUGAAACUUAUUCGGAUGGAUAAAUGGAUAAUUGACUUUGAUGUUGGUGAACGUACCGGCCUAUAGGGAAAAAGAACACUUUUAUUUGUUAUUUUGCCUAAUGCUAUUUAGUUCCUCCUAGCUUCGGUGUGAAACUCGAGUUUAAUUUAGUUUCUUUCUAACUCUUCUUAUACUCAGGUUUACCCAUUUUGGCAGAUACAGGGUGCUUCUAGGUUCUUAAUAGGAAUUGAAUCGUUAUAAUAUUCAUACAUGUGCGUUUGUGGAUGUAUGGCUAUUUGUUAUGCGUUCUAUAUUUUCAUGGUUUUUAUAUACAUUUUGAUGUGCUUUUUAUAACUUGUUGCCUUGUUGGUUUACUAGUUGAAUGCAGGUUGAAGAGAAAUGACAUGGCUAUUUGUCAUUUGUUCUGUAUUUUCUAGUUUAUUUUACUCUCGUUUUGUACUUGUUGAUUUCUUCUAUAAGAUCCUGAAGUAUGUGUUGAUUUUGCAGGGGUCGAAAGUGCAAUUUCGGGAAGUUUAAAUAUGCUUUUGCAAUCUUGAAUGUAUCUUCUUUUCCAUUUCUAGGUUUCUUGAAUUGAAAUGUCUGACUUCCUUAUUUUCAAUCAUUCUUAUGCAGGUGAAAAAUUCCAUUCCUUGUGUUGGAUAGCGAAACCAGAUGUAAAAGUGCCGUGUUAUGCCUGCAUCAUGCCGUGGACUUCCCGUAGAUUGGAAGGCCGCCCAGCCAGUGGCAAGGUAGAAUUAUAUCUAUCAUGUAAAGGUAUACCAUUUGAGUUCAUCUCGUGGAAACUGCUAUGUGUCGACUUGUAUCAGUUGCCAUGUUUUUGCAGCUUCUGUGUGGGGAGUAAACCGAUGUGUCUGCCUGGCUGAUUGCAGACAUGAGUUCAUGAUGUCGUUUUUCUGAAUAUAUUUUCGAGGUCUGAACAUGGUUUACCAACUGCAAAUGGAGUUAAAGGCAAGUUGAUUAUUGAUUCUCUUGCUUGAUUUUAAGUCGAGAAUGAACUAGCACAUCUUUCCAAUUCUACUGGAUCAGUUGCUUGAAACCUUUGGUCUCUACUUUGGAACCAGCCAAGAACCCGAGGCUGCCAUUCAUGAGCCUGUGAGCAUCGGGUUUUGCUUAUCGGAAGGCUGCUUGUUCGUCUCGGCAAAUUAAAUUGUUACGGCUAACCAAAUUGCCGGUGAAGUGGUUCGGUUUCAGCUGAACCGAGACAUUCAAGUGGCUCGGAAGUCCUACACUGAUGUUUGUUCCAUCGUUUGCUCAUCAAAUAUCGAUGUAACUGGGAACUGCAGCCCUAUGGAUUGCUUCUUAAAUAUUGGCUUUCUUUAUAUAAUUUGUACUAAUAUUUUUUCUAUAUUUAGUUUAAUUGAGUUAUGUGAUGUCAGGCUGAACUUUAUUUUGAGUAAUUUGAUAUUAACUUUAACCAAACACUUACCAAAACUAGGGUUAAUUCUUCACAUUCUUUUUCGUCUUUCUUCGGUAGGUGACGACACCAAUUUUAACGUUUGUUAUUGAUCACUUGCAUUUUUUAUUCUUUUUCUAUAUCAAAUCUUUGUUCUGUUUUGUUUUAAUAAUUCUAUGUUUAUGGUAUGUUUUUCUUUUUUAUCAAUCAUGAGUAGUUCUUUUCCUUGUAUGAUAUUCUUCACAAAAAACGACCUUCCCUGUUGUCAAGGAGGUUCAAGAUGGCGAGGGUCUGCUGCAGCUAGGCUGAGGAUGGAUGGGGGAGCAUCUUUCACCCAAAACAGAUUACGAGGGAUCUGAUAUCUGAGAGAUUAGAUUCGGUGGAUUGAACUCUUCGAACGAUGGUUCGAGCAUCCCCUUCUAUGAUAAAACAAGAAAAGCCCAUAUCUUGAGCAAAUUGGAGCCCAUGCGGGAAAGCAAUUGCCUCGGCAGCAAAAAUUGAUUGAACCGAGUAACCUGCAUCCACGUUGAGCUUGACUAAAGGAUCAAGAGGGAGGCAGGCUCCACUGAACCGCUUCAAAAGGAAUAUGAUGAUUAGAACAUUUAAAAGUUUGAGGACUAAUUAGAGAGAGAGUCAUGGUUUGAGAUUGAAAUUAGAAUAUUUAAAAGUUUGAAGGUCAAUUUUAAAAUGAUUAUAGUUUGGGGACA